AACAUUUCAUCAUGGAUAACGUUUUGGAUAUGCGGUAGAGAAUAGAAUUCAAAAGUUGAAAACUAACAGUUAUUAGGUAAAAUUCAACAAGUGCAGUUCGAUCUAAAAACUAAAACCAAGCCAUCAUAAUGGAGGAGGACUUGACAAAAAUAAGGACUAAUAAUUGCAAGUGCAAUUUAGAUCCAAAAUGUCCGACCACUGAAGAGACAUUACAAUUGGUACCGGAAUGUAAUGCAGUCGUCAACAAUGUCAUUCAGCGAGCUGGUGAGCCAUCGGUCGUUACCUCACCAACUGGGGAAUGCAUUCCAUCGCCCAGAACUUUUACCAUACAAUUGCCAAAGCCCCUUGAAUCUAAUGAGUUUAUGGGACUUACUGGAGAUUCAUUUGAAUUGGGAUCGUGGGAUCCACUGCGCAGUGUCCAGUUGACACAAGUAACUCCAACUAUUUGGAAUGGAACUGUCAAUCUUAGCAGUCCUGGACAAGUUCAAUACCGUUAUUUUGUCUACUCUCUCGACUCAUUGGGACGCAUUCAAAUUAAACGUUGGGAAGCUUAUGUCGAGCCAAGAAAUAUGAGGACUUGCAAUGGAAACUGCAUGAGAAUGGAUCAAUUUGGUGAGAUUGAUGGUCAAAAGAAAAUCGCCCGAGGCUGGUUGACCAAUGAAACUAUCGUUCAGUUGAAGUUUCUUAAUCAAGUUUUUGAAUUUGACGGUGGUUUUACUCCAGAAAGGAUGUAUUUGAAGUUGGUUAAUUUGGAAAAUGAACAAGACUUGCCAAACUAUAAUGAGAGUUUAAACAAUGCCGAGGUUGUGAAUAUGAAGUAUAACCGAAGUGUCUUUGAGAGACAGUCGGAUUUGGGAACACUUUACAAGGCAGGCGAUAUCGUACUAUUUCAAAUGUCGAUUCCCUUGGGACAAGAAAAUGGAAAAUAUGCUCUAGUUUUACACUCUGAGGACCGUCAACCAUUGGGACAUGCCCCGAUUUUGCUCUCGACUUUCCAAGAGAAUGACGGAAAGUUGGAAUUGAAUGUUACAAGUCAUGAAUCUGGUGAGAUCAUUGCCAGUGCUAAGAUAUCUUAUUUGAUUGUGAGACCCUUGCCGGGUAUUCGGAUGAACUUCCGCACAAGUUACGCCUACACCUGGAAGCCCAAAUGGGACAAGCUGCUGGUCGGCCACAGGGGUGAUGGAAUAAGUUUUGCAGUUGAUGGGGCUCCUAUUACCGAGAAUACAAUAGCAUCAUAUAAGCUGGCUUACGAUGUUAACGUUGACAUGAUCGAGAUCGAUGUUCAUAUAACUGAGGAUCUUGUUCCGGUGAUCUAUCAUGAUUACAAGAUUUUCACUGCACCCAAUGGAACACGUCCAAAGUCCAAGGAUGACUUAAUUCAGGUCUACAUCAAAGACAUCCGUUACAGCCAACUUAAGGAUCUGCGGAUAUUCCGUGUGCUCGGUGAUGAAAUCCGAGAAUAUCCAUCGCAUAACGAAGAAGAGCGAAAAGAACAUCGUUUGUUCCCAACAUUAGAAGACCUAUUCCAUGAACUUCCCCUUGGAUUAGCCAUUAAUAUCGAAAUUAAGUGGCCCCAAGCUCGUUUCGAUGGUGUCUUGGAAGCCGAACAAGUUACUGACAAGAACCUCUUCGUUGAUAUGGUUCUUCUCACAACACUUCGUCAUGGUUGUGGCCGAAUGUUAAUAUUCUCAUCUUUUGACGCUGAUAUUUGUGCCAUGGUGCGUUUGAAGCAAAAUAUGUUACCUGCGAUGUUUUUGACCCAAGGAUCUACCAAAAAAUGGCCAGCUUACGAAGAUCCUCGUUGCAAUAGUUUUGAAGCAGCUGUAAAUAAUGCUCAACUUUUUGAACUCACUGGAAUCGCACCUUACUCAGAAGAUGUUCUCAAGGAUCAUCAAAUGGUUCGUUUAGCUACAGAUCUUGGACAGAAAGUAUUCCUCUGGGGAUAUGAUAUUAACUCGCUGGAACGAGUUCAAUUCUUCGAAGCUGCAGGUGUUACAGCGAAUAUAUUUGAUCGUGCGGAUUUAAUUGUCCCAAAGGAGCGAACCGCUGGCGUGUUCAAUAAUCCUGAGACGAUAGAAUAUUUUAGAGGCCAGUGUCCGUUGUGAAACAGUUUAUUCUCCAAAUAAUUUAUUAAUGAAAAAAAUUAAGUUUUUAAGUUUUAUUUUCUAAGACAAAUUAAAUAAUAGUUAAUUAUAAUUAAACAAACAAAAAGCAAAACAAACAAACAAAAAAAAAACGUCACACUUAUUCUAUAAAACAAAAACAAAAACACAAAAAAUGUAUAACAACUAUAAGCUUGUUUUAUUGGCUUAUAAGCUUUGAAAAUUGCUGACACUUUUUUUUUUAUAUAAAACAAAAUAAAUUUAGUGUGAUAUGUUUUUUUUUUUAUCUAUAAUAAUUUGCCGUGCUGAUUACCAAAAAAAAAAAAUUAUGUUAUUUUCAAUAUAAAAGGCUUUUUAUUGUAAUUCGGUUUGCUAAAAUGCGUACACGUUUAUAUCUC